AUGGUGUUAAGGGAACGCCAGUUGGCGGCCAUGAAGUCCAACAACGAGAUAUGGCUCACCUUUUUCAACGGCCGGUACAUUAUCUUGUUUAUGGGCGCCUUCUCCAUCUACACGGGCCUCAUGUAUAACGACGUGUUCGCGAAGUCCCUGAACCUAUUCGGCUCGCAGUACAAACCGCCCGAACCGCUACAGAUGUCCAACGUGACCGCCGGUGCCGAGCAGUUCGACUCGCACUCGUACGCCCUGAACCCCAUCAACGACACCAAGAGUGACUGGCCCUACCCGUUCGGCAUCGACCCCGUGUGGCAGGUGUCCGACAAUAAGAUAGUGUUCCUCAACACGUACAAAAUGAAACUGUCGGUCAUAAUAGGGGUGAUGCAGAUGCUGUUUGGGGUGUGCCUGAGCUACUGGAACCACACGUACUUCCGCCGGCGUAUUAACAUAUGGGUGGAGUUCGUGCCCCAAGUGGUGUUCCUGAUGGCCAUCUUUGGCUACAUGAAUGGCAUGAUCUUUGCCAAGUGGUUCAAAUACGGCUACCACACCGCCGGCGCCGCCCCCUCCAUAUUAAUCACCCUGAUCAACAUGUUCCUCAUGAAAUACGCCGAUGAAAACGAUGAUAAGACACCAAAGUAUCUGAAACAAUGGUACCCCCAGCAGAAAAACAUACAGACAGCGCUCCUGGUGGUAGCCCUGGCCUGUAUUCCCUGUAUGCUGGCCAUCAAGCCCUGGUACCUGAACCGGCAGCACAAGCGCCGCCAGUAUCAGCUUCUGAUGAGCCAAUCGCUGUCCACCGCCGACAACACCAUACUCGUGGUCACUGAGGAGGACCACUCUGGUGGUGGUCAUGACGGACACGGGGACGGGCCGUUCACACUGGGCGACGCCAUCAUAAAUCAGGCCAUUCACACCAUCGAGUACUGUCUGGGCUCCAUAUCCCAUACGGCCAGUUACCUGCGACUAUGGGCCCUAUCGCUGGCCCACUCGCAACUGAGCGAGGUGCUCUGGAAUAUGGUCAUGCAAAAAGGUGUGGUAGGCAUCACCUCGUCCACGGCGCUCAACGGCGUGAUAAUGGUGCCCGUGUUUGCCUUCUGGGCCGCCCUUACCGUCAGUGUACUGCUGGUGAUGGAGGGGUUGUCCGCCUUUUUGCACGCAUUGAGACUACAUUGGGUUGAGUUCAACAGUAAGUUCUACUCCGGGGCCGGGUAUGCCUUUCAGCCAUUUUCUUUCGAUGUGAUCCUGGAUAUGGCUGACAAGGAAACGGCUGUAGAGACUGGG